AUGAAGAUAAAGGCUGCCGAAAGUCAUCGUAUUUUGGUGGAAGUGUAUGGUGUGCAUGCUCUAGCUGAGCGUACGUGCCAGAAGUGGUUUGCACGGUUUAAAAGUGGCAAUUUUGACUUGGAGGACGAUGAACGGCCCAGACAGCCAAAAAAGUGUGAAGAUCACGAAUUGGAGACAUUGCUCGACCAAGAUCCAUCCCAAACGCAAGAAGAACUUGCAAAAUCACUUGGCGUCGCUCAACAAACCAUUUCCGAUCGUCUAAAAGCAAUGGGAAUGAUCCGGAAGGUAGGCCAUUGGGUGCCGUAUGAAUUGAAGCCAAGAGACGUCGAACGCCGAUUUUUCGCGUGUGAACNGGUAACGUAUGGAUACCCCGGCCAUGCAUCAUCAUCGAUGGCCGUUCAGAAUAUUCAUGGCCUGAAGGUUAUGCUGUGUAUUUGGUGGGACCAGCUGGGUGUGAUCUAUUAUGAGCAGUUGCAACGGAAUGAAACGACCACAGAGGAAGUCUACCGACGACAAUUGAUGCGUUUGAACCGAGCAUUGAAAGAAAAACGGCCAGAAACUGAGACCAGACACAAUUAUGUAAUUUUGCAACAUGACAAUGCUCGGCCACAUGUUGCACAGGUCGUCAAAACCUACCUUGAAACACUCAAAUGGGAUGUCCUACCCCACCCGCCGUAUAGUCCAGACCUUGCGCCAUCCGAUUACUAUUUCUUCCGAUCAAUGCAACAUGGCCUGGCUGACCAGCACUUCUCCAAUUAUGAAGAAGUCAAAAAUUGGAUCGAUUCGUGGAUAGCGGAGAAGCCGGCCGAAUUUUUCAGAAAGGGUAUUCGUGAAUUGCCAGAAAAAUGGGAAAAGGUCAUAGCUAGCGAUGGACAAUACUUUGAAUAUUAAAUUUGUAACCAUUUUUUCACAAUAAAG